UCUCUUGCUUUGCUCCAAUUUUGUCCCAACCCCUAUAACUUACUAUAAACACCUGAAUUCAUCUCAUUCACUUCAAAACACAAAACACAACACCACCAAAUGGCCACUCUUGUAGGCCCACCUGAAAUCUACAACACCAAGCCAACCUCCAAUGCUAUCACCACCACCGCCACCAUAUCUAACCCCUUCAUGGACCUUAUGGUAACCAAAUUCAACUCCAUCCCAGUCCAACAACAACAACAACUACAACAACCUCAAAUGGGCCUUACAGAAAACAUGUCUCCCACGUUCCUGUCCUCAGGGAACCCAUGCCUUGACUUCUUCUUCCACGUGGUCCCCGACACUCCCUCACAGAACAUCCUCCGCAUGCUCGAACUUGCCUGGUCCCACCACUCCCUCACCACCCUCAAGCUCGUCUCCAACCUCCGUGGCGUCCGCGGCACCGGAAAAUCCGACCGCGAAGGCUUCUACGCCGCCGCCUUAUGGCUCCACGCCCACCACCCCAAAACCCUCGCCGCCAACCUUCCCUCCUUCGCAGAUUUCGGUUACUUCAAGGACCUCCCCGAAAUCCUCUACAGGCUUCUAGAAGAUUACGAAGUUCGCAAAACCCAGAAAGAAGAGUGGGAGAAGAGAAAACAAGGGUUUGGAAGAAGAACAAAGGGAAAGCACAACGAGAAGAAGAAGAAUGAGUCUUUGUUGUUGCCCAGAGAGACGAGGGUGAUGGAGGAGAUGGUGAGGGCCAAGGCGGUUAAGGAGAGUGCACAUGCUGCGAGGGAAGAGAAGAGGAUCGCCAUGGCUAAGAAGCUCGUUGACCGUUAUGGUAUUGACCCAGAUUUUCGGUUCCUCCACGAUCGCGUCUCUGAUCACUUUGCCGAGUGCUUGAAGAAAGAUAUCGAGUUUUUGAAUUCUGGGUCGUUGAGAAAAAUCAGUCUUGCUGCCAAAUGGUGCCCUUCUGUGGACUCUUCCUUUGAUCGUUCCACGUUGCUGUGCGAGAGCAUUGGGAGGAGGGUGUUCCCUCGUGAGGUUUAUAAAGAGUAUGAGGGGGUUGAGGAGGCGCAUUAUGCUUACAGGGUUCGUGAUCGUUUGAGGAAGGAGGUUCUGGUGCCACUGAGGAAGGUGUUAGAGUUGCCUGAGGUAUACAUUGGUGCCAAUCGCUGGGACUUGAUUCCUUAUAACAGGGUUGCCUCUGUGGCCAUGAAGUUUUACAAGGAGAAGUUUCUGAAGCAUGAUAAGGAGCGGUUUGAAAAGUACCUGCAGGAUGUGAAGUCAGGGAAGGCUACUAUUGCAGCUGGUGCUUUGCUUCCCCAUCAGAUUAUUGGGUCCUUGAGAGAUGGAGAUGGUGGAGAGGUGGCUGAGCUUCAGUGGAAGAGAAUGGUGGAUGACUUGCUCAAGAAAGGGAAAAUGAAGAAUUGUUUGGCUGUGUGUGAUGUUUCUGGAAGUAUGAGUGGGGUCCCCAUGGAGGUGUCUGUGGCAUUGGGGUUGUUGGUGUCUGAGUUGAGUGAGGAUCCUUGGAAGGGGAAGGUUGUUACUUUCAGCGAGAGGCCUCAGCUUCAUUUGAUUGAAGGGGAUGAUCUGGAGUCCAAGACAGAGUUUGUGAGGAAUAUGGAUUGGGGGAUGAACACUGAUUUCCAGAUGGUGUUUGAUCUCAUAUUGGAAGUGGCUGUUAGUGGGAAUUUGAAGGAGGAUCAGAUGAUUAGGAGGGUAUUUGUAUUCAGUGACAUGGAGUUUGAUCAAGCAUCCCUCAACCCCUGGGAGACUGAUUACCAAGCAAUCACUAGGAAGUAUAAUGAGAAAGGGUAUGGUUCUGCUGUGCCUCAGAUAGUUUUUUGGAAUCUGAGAGACUCAAGGGCCACUCCAGUGACAGCCACUCAGAAAGGAGUGGCACUAGUAAGUGGUUUCUCUAAGAAUCUACUGACAUUGUUCUUGGACAAUGAUGGGGAUUUAAGCCCCGAAGAUGCAAUGGAAGCUGCUAUUUCUGGCCCAGAAUAUCAAAAACUAGUUGUGCUGGAUUAAUUGCCUCCUGUAAUGAGAAUUUUAUACAAUGUAAAUAAUUGAAUAUAUAAGGUAUACCAU